GUUGACACAAUGUCUGCCUGAAAAAAAAACUGGUGGGCUUUAUGUCUACAUGAAAUACAACAAUAAAAAUCGCAACAUAUUGACAUUAUUCGAGAAAAUUAGCAAUGACCCUGAAUUCGCCGUAGUUUUGGCAAAUUGUAAAUAAUCCAUCACAAUUAAAUCAAUUUCAUAUUCGCAAAAAAUCACCAGUAUCACAAGCUACAAGAAUUGUAUAAAAACUCCCACGGCAGCCGAAUUCAUUAUCAGUUAUCUGCUAACUUCAAUUACUUCAACUCCAAAAAGAAGAAAUCCCAAAUUCAACAUGGCAUUCAAAUUUGUAGCAUUCUUUGCCCUCUUGGCUGUGGCCAGUGCUGGUUAUGUUGCUCCAGUUACCACUUAUGCUGCAGCUCCCGUCGUAACCAAAGUGGUUAAUCCUUCAGUGGAUGCUGUUGCCUCUACUCAACAGAACGUUGUUCGUUCUUUUGCUGGUACCGUUUCGCAUUACUCCAAAUCGGUGAAUACUCCCUACUCCAGUGUCCACAAGGUAGAUACUCGCAUCAACAAUAAUGUCUACACUCCUGCUGUUGCCAAGACCUUGUCCUAUGCUGCUGCCCCUGCUGUCCACACCUAUGCUGCCGCUCCCGCCGUCCAUACUUAUGCUGCCGCCCCAGCUGUUCAUACAUACGCCGCUGCACCAGCUGUCCACACCUAUGCUGCCUCCGCUCCUGUCUACUCCCAUGCCGUUCCAGCUGUUGCUCCAGUUGUUAAGCACGCCAUCACUUAUUCUCCCGCCGAAACUGUAGCCCAUGUAAACUUUGAUGGUUUCGGUGCCCAUUGGGGAUACUAG